CGGAGCUCUCGUUUGAGCACCACAGCGUCGCACGCCAAGCAUUCUACCCCGAGAUACAGCCGAGGGAGCCACCACAGCUCCCGCUGUCAGCCACCUUCGUCGUUCCCUUGGGAUUUUUGCUAAGCAUGACCCGGCGCAAGGUGGACGAGGAGCAGGUUCGGAAGGCCUAUGCAGCGAUAGGUGAUGGCAUGUCGGUUAGGAAGGCUGCUANAGGGCUGCUGAGGUCUUUCUUCGGGGUUGGUCAUAUGUCCAUCGAAGACCGCCGCCGUGGCAAGGUGGCCAUGAACGCGAAGGUUGGUCCCGAGACCAUCCUGAGCAAAGAAGAGGAGGAUUCGCUGGAAGAUAUUCUGCUGUUUGCUGCUCGCAACUUCUUGGCUGUGGAUCGGGUUCACCUCAGAGAUGCGGUGCGACGACUCUGCAACGACGGUCGGCGGAUCCCUUAGGAUCCAGAGAAGGGUCCGAGGAAAGAUUGGCUUGCGGGCUUCCUUCGUAGGCACCCACGGGU